AUGCCAAUUGGCAUCUUUCCCACCCCUCCAUCGAGAUUCCCAUGCACCGCCAUCAUCGACAUGCCCGGCGCAGCAGAGUCUGGCGUCCACGACGACACUCGCGGAUGCUUGGCUGGUGUCGGCGCAAACAUGCCGGGAAGGGCGGUGACAGAGGCAGCUCGUGAGCUGGAAACAUUCACACCCCUCUGCCUCAGCUACGAGUCCGCCCUCCUCGCCAAUACCAUCUGCAACGACGUCGCCAACCUCAUCUCCUCGUCGAACCUGCGCCCCUCCAAAGACGGCGCCCUCACGGCCUUGGCCCAGGUCGCCGCCCUGCGCCUGAACGCCUCCCGUGCGUUGAUCUCCCUGUUCGACCGCCAGCAUCAGCAUGUCAUCGCCGAGGCUACUCAAGACCUCCGCAUAUGCGACGGUCCCCCGUCAGACAGGCUAUGGCUCUGCGGUACGGCUGUUCCGAGGUCUUCCGGCCUGUGUGAGAAUGUCCUUCAUCCUUCUGAUCCCGAUUCGCCUUUGCGCGAAGCUCGAGCGGCCAAGCUCCCCGUCACCGUGGUCGAUGACCUUCUCGAACAUGAAGAGUUCCGGGACGAAUGGUAUUGCCAGGGGUGGCCCCGCAAUCGCUUCUAUGCCGGCGUUCCCAUUCGCUCCCGUCGCGGGAUCAACAUCGGAGUGCUUUGCGUCUUGGAUGACAAGCCGAGAAGGGGCAUCAGCGACACAUCUGUCCAGGUCCUGCAGGACCUCUCCGAGGCUGUUCUUCAACACCUAGAAAUCAGACGUUCUGGAGACGCGCAUCGCCCUGGACACCGCAUGCUGCGGGGCCUGGGCAGCUAUGUCGAAGGCAGGGCCACCAUGUCCGAUUGGGAGAACCAAGGACCCAACGCCUCUCAAGACAUGCAAGCCACUGACGCCGAAGGACUCUUGAACAGAGCUCAGCAGGAUCUUCAAAGGGAACGCGACAGCCUCUCAGACAUCAACUUUGCCGACGUGACCGAACCGCUAGACCGUCUCCCUGCCCCGAUAUCACCCAGCAAGGUCACCCACGAGCCUUACUUUUCGAUAACCGCCGGCUCGGAACCCACGACCGCAGACACGAUCAAGACCCCACCGGCCUCAGAUCUGGACGGCCGCCUAGGACAGAUUCAACAGAUAUUCUCGAGGGCGGCCAACAUUUUGAGAGAAUCCGUCGAGGUCGAGGGCGUCCUAUUUCUCGGCGCUGGCACGCCCUUCACCAGCUCAGCCAACUCUGGGACUGGCCACACGCCACAUAGACAGAGUCGGUCUGGCCCCUUAAUAUCAUCUUCAUCCGAUUCUGAAGAGAGCCCACGGGCGAACUCGACAGAACGACAGAGCGACUCAGCGGAAACUGUUUGCGAUGUGAUUGGAUUCUCCACCUCCAAGUCCUCCAGCAUAGACGCCGCGUAUCCCCGCCAGAGUCACCAGAUAGUGCCUCAAAGAUUUCUGCAGAGGCUGCUUCGCCGCUAUCCCGGAGGCAAGAUUUUCAACUUUGACGGACAGGGCUCUUUGAUCCCUAGCGACAGCUCGUCGAGCGAGGAAGGCUCGGCCAAGGCUCGCACAGCGCAACACGAGGAACCUGGAAACAAUGCUACGAGUCCAAAGCAACAAAGUUCAAAGCGGGAAAACACGAUACGUUACCGAGAAAAUGAGUCGAAAACGAUUACCACCCUCUUCCCGGGAGUCCGCAGCCUAUGUUUCAUACCGCUGUGGGAUUCGCACAGACGGCGCUGGUUUGCGGGUGGGUUUGUCUACACCAUGACACCAUUUCGCGUUUUCACGUUACAGGGCGAGCUCAGUUAUCUUUCGGCAUUUGCUGCUGUCAUCAUGAGCGACUUCGCCCUGAUGGAGAGCGCAUUUGCGACGAGUGCAGUGUCAUCCUUGCUGAGCUCGUUGUCUCACGAACUCCGAUCCCCUCUUCACGGCAUCGUGCUGUGCACUGAGCUCCUCCACGAUACGUCGCUGGACGUCUUCCAGGGCGACAUGCUGCGCUCGCUCGAAACCUGCGGCCGAACCCUGCUGGACACAAUCAACCACCUGCUCGACUGGACAAAGAUCAACAACUUUAUAAAGGGCUCCGGCGAGGACCCAACAAGUCAAAACCGACGAAUGAUUCGCGGAGGACGUAAAACCUCCGCGGCGGACGGUAUAAUGCACCUGACCUCUCACCUCGAGCUGGACUGUCUGAUUGAGGAAGUUGUCGAGUGCAUCCACGCCGGCCAUACAUACCAGCAGCGAGCUGCACUCCAAGGAACGCAGGCUGAUGCCUCGAGCAACCCACAUGCUCGACUUGACGCUGCGGACGACCUAUCGGACGCCGACUCUCCUACACAGCGCCAAUCUCAUCCUUUGAUCAUCAUGCUGGACAUUGAGCCAAUGUUGGAGUGGACCUUUGAGGCCCAGGCGGGUGCGCUGCGCAGGAUCAUCCUGAACAUCUGCAGCAACGCUUUACGAUAUACCGACCAAGGUUUCGUCAAAGUCGUCGCUUAUCAGGAGCCACAUGGCCAGUCGGGGUCUCCGAAUAGAAUUGUUCACAUUGACUUUGUGGACACGGGAAGGGGAAUGGGGUCGGAUUAUCUCGGCCAGUCGUUGUUCAACCCAUUUAGCAAGGAGAACGCCCACUCCCCCGGAGCAGGCCUCGGACUGAGCCUGGUGCAGAAGUUUAUCAAAGCCCUCGGCGGCACGAUUCGGGUCCAGAGCGAGCUGAACAAGGGCACCAAGGUCUCCGUCAAGCUGCCGCUCAAAGCCUCCACCGGCAGGGGAGCAGAGGCGGCGGACGGCCGGAGCGAUUUCGACGCUCAAGUCGCGGAACUAUCGCGCCUUCGCGUAUGCUUGAUGGGGUUUCCCACUGCGCAAAGGAGCCUCCUAGGCAGCGCCGCAGGUGGCGCGGAAGAGUUUGACGAACAAGCGCUGUUAUCGAAGAUCUGCCAAGACUGGCUGCAAAUGGAUGUUGUCGGUUCCGGACAGGACGAGGAGUUCAUGCCGGAUCUGAUUCUCUGUGACGAGUCGGCAGUCUCGAAGCUGAACUGCCGCUCCGAGCUGUCCUCGCCCGUCAUCAUCGUCUGCCGCAAUCCUGCUGCGGCUCGCGACUUGGAGAGGGCUCACAUGAAGCACAAGCUUACUCGGGGGUUGUACAGCUUCAUCUCUCGCCCAGUGGGACCUAGGAAGUUAGCUAAGGCCUUUGUCCUUUGUUUCAGGAGAUGGACGAGGUUACAGGCGCGGUUCGCUGAAGAAGGCCACAGCAUGGCGACCUCUAUCGGCGAAGAGGCGUCGACGCUCGGCGACAAUCCGCAGCAGGCUUCUGGACAGCUCGACGAAGCUGGAGCAACCCACCCCGACACACUCCCGCAAGCCGCGCCAGCACUUCAACCCGCGAGCGACGACGACCCGACCCUUAGGUCCGUGACACCGACUCCCGCCUCCAGAGCGGGGGGCGGCCGCUUCCUGCUCGUCGAGGACAACGCCAUCAACAUGAAGAUCCUCAAGACGUACAUGAAGAAGCUCGGCAGGGCGUUCGACACGGCCGCCGACGGCCGGCAGGCGGUCGACAUGUACAAGAGCCGCAGCGGCGGCGGCACCGGCGGCGGCGGCGGGUACGCCUGCGUCCUGAUGGACGUCUCGAUGCCCGUCAUGGACGGGUUCGAGGCCACGCGGCUCAUCCGCGAGUUUGAGCGGCGGGAGGGGCAGGGGCGGCCCGGGGCGCACGUCGUGGCCAUCACGGGCCUGGCGUCGCGGGACGCGCAGGAGGAGGCGCUGGCGGCGGGCGUCGACCUGUUCCUGUCCAAGCCUGUCCGGCUCAAGGAGCUGAGCCGCUUGCUUAGGGAGCGGGGCUUGGUCUGA